GUAGAUGGCAGCAUUUCAAUUCAUUUCGACGGCAUACUAUACUACUUUAUCCACUUGUUAUCGUCUUCGGAAAUGCCAUGAUCACUCUUUCUGAUGCAGGCAAUUAGAAGAUAUAUGUUUGUUAAUAUCUCGAGGCGAUUAUGUGGAAUGACGUUUUGCUUCCAAGGAUAUAACCAUUAUUUAAAGGUCAUCAGCUAGGCUUUUGUAUGAGCCCAAAGCCAUCAUGUUGGACUUACAAGCAACUAUUGAAUUUAUGGUGGAGUUGGAAUGCUUUCAUAAUAUUGAUCUAUUUCAGAGAGGUUUCUACAAUCUUCACACCUUUAUCAAAGUUCCACCAAAGUCUCCUCUGAAAUAUGAAGUAUUCCUCCCAAGACAAUCAGCUUUUGAGCUGGUUGCCCCACCGUGCAUCACUCAAGAUAAUUUGGCGAUUUCAAAGACAUUUCAGAUUCUCUACAAGAAAGAGGAGGUUCAGCUCGAUGACUGCAUUCUCUUCAAAGUCUAUCUACUUGUAGACAGUACUAAGAUUGAGGAAUGUAUCAACAAUGCUAACAUCCAGUUGGGUAUAGAGCUUCAUUAUGGAACCAGUGAACAGCCACCUGUUACACCCGCUGCUCUUGAGCUGGUUAGCAGUCGUACCAUCCUCCUUCAUCUGGGGUUGUCUACCGGUCUUCACAGCCAUAUACCAGUUCUCUUUGAUUACUUCCACCUGUCUGCCAUUUCCAUGACGAUACAUGGCACCAUUACCAGCUUGCAUCAAGCUACAUUCAGUGUCCCUCGAGCUCCUAAGACUGGAUGGCUGAACAAGAUAUCGGGAGGGAAUUCCCCUGCUAAACAGAUUCCUAUACCAACCUUGGAAUGUGUUCUCUUUGGAAAUCAUACAAGACCUCCUAUUAGCGCUAGUGUGGAUAAAUAUGCAGUAGCUGCCAGCAUACUAUCCCAUGCAUACAAGAUAUACCGGAGUUUAUGUUUGAUUCUGCUCCGCAUCAGAACGGGAUUGUGUCAAAGCUUCAAUGAACUCAUCUCAUUACUUCCUCCAAAUCAACAAUUCAGUGUCGAUCCAUUCAACGACAGAGAGAAGUUAGAUGUGAUGUGUGAAAUUGUAAGGAAUCUGAACAGUGAGGAGGAGAUCGUUGAGUCAGUGAACACUUCCUUAGCUCAGCUCUCAGGUGAGAUCUGUCUGAUGUGGACUCAGUUCAUGGAUGUCUUGAUCGGCCAAGAGAGAAUUAGAGUUCAUCUAAGAGAUAGAUACCAUCAUGCUAGGGUUCAGCGAUUCUCUGAGGCUUUCUUUACUCUGAGCCAUCCAAAGUCAGACUGCCUGACAUUCAACGAGUUGAGCAGUACGGGAUAUCCCUCAAUAGUUCAGACCUUGAGAGGAUCAGCCUAUGGUUCCACUCUACCACCUCUAUCCAUUGAAUGCAGUGAACUAGAUGGAGAUGCUAACUCAGUUCCUAUUGUCUUUGAGGAUCGUUAUCGGGAUGACAUCACAGAGAGUCCUGCAGGAAGGAAACUCAACCUUGAGGAAGUCACUCUGAGUCUGAAGAGCCUCACCAAGCAAGGAUCACCCUUCCGCUCUACCAAAAGCCGUUCACCAUUUGUUGAAAGAAGGACUCGUAAAGAGAUCAUCGAUGAUGGGACGGAUGGUAGCGUGCGUAAUAAACCAAAGAAAGGAAAAAUGAAAUCGAUCAGGCACAUCAAACCUGAUUUUCUACGGAAGGGUCUUGGCUCGCAUUCAAACCGAGGAGGUGCCAUUCCUAGAGACAUCCGAUGUUAUGAGAUCAAGAACGAGGCUUGUGCAGGGAUGCAGAAGCGUUCAUCCCUGAAAGAGAAUGGAAAACCAACAUCUCCGAUGAUAUCAGGCGCUGUCCCGAACUCUAUCUCCAUGCCGAUCCUCUCUCCCAGUAUGGGAUCUACAUCUACAGGAGUUGAUGAGUGCAGCGAUUACGACAAUCUUGAGGACAGUCGGGUUCCUAGGCCACUCAGAAGCACACAAUCUGCUGAAGACAUUCUGAAUGGAAUGCAUGAUGGACAGAGUGAUGCAAGUACAUGCAGCAUUACAGGCGAUCCUCCGUAUGGGAGCAAUCCUCUGUUAGAUGCCGCCAUGAACCCUGAGAGGGCUGCCAGGGGUACCUCCGAAAACAUUGCAUUGCUAGAAACUGAUGACAUUGAUAUCAGUCUGUUAGAUCAUACAGGGCUUUCAGAUCCGAGUGACCAGCGUAGGAGUGUCAGGUUGAGCUUCCUGCAGAAUGGCGAUCCUAAUGAGGAUCAGAUCCUAAACAGCCUCUCUAAGUAUCUCCAGAAGCAGAUGACGAUGUCUGAGGCUAACCUUCGGCAGGCAGAACUGGAGGCUGGGGAAGGCAGCUCUUUUUUUAGAAGGAAAGAUCAAGAUGUGCAAUCCAAUGGAGGGGCAAUAGAUAAUGAUGUUGAAGAUUCCACUAAUGGGGUAGAGGUCUUUGAUGAUCUUGCCAUCAAUGGAAUCACUUUAGAUGACGAUGAGGAGUUGGAGGUGGAGGGGGCAACUGCAAUAAGCUCAAAUGUGCAAUCAUCUUCUGUUAUGAAUGGGACACAUACAGAAUUGAAUGGUCAGACUAUGAAUGGGGGAGGUGCUCACACCAAUGGCAGUAUUAGAACUCAAGAAGGCUUACAGGAAGUGGGCGGAGCUUCCUGGCCAAGUGGAGCCACACCAAUGGACGGAGCAGCUGAGAUAGAUGUUAUGGACGAUACAAAUGCGAGGAAAGACAUGUCAUCUUCUCGGGAAGGUCUCAUCUGCGAUCAACCAGAAGAUGAAAGUACAAACGAGGCUGUAGUUAUCACAGACAUUGAACCUUCUAAGGAGCGGAAAGGUCACAAGCACAAGAAGGGUCACCAUCAACACAAACACUCCAGCGGUGGAGGAGUUGGUAGCUGCGCUGGCUGCUUCUCCUUCAUACAUUCCUCUGCAUCUCCUUCCAACUCUUUCACGGAGCCGUGUCUAGUGAAACCAGUAUUACCGUUAGAAUCAUCAACCAGUACUUCAUCAUCCAGUGUGAAUGCAAUCGGUCAGAGCAACAGUAUGUCUAGUGCAGGAUCUCAGGAAGGCAUGGCUGAGGGUGAGGACCAUAGACCAACAGAUGGACUAAGCUAUGUGAAUGCCAGACUGGCAUUCAAACAGAAGCUCCACCACCCCGGUCAGAUGUACUGUGAUCUUCAAGAGAAAGCAUCCCAGGUUCCAUACUUCAGCAUCCCCCCUGCUGCCCAGCAACCUGAAGAUGAGGAGCAAGGCGUAGAGGUUCAUCUCAUCAUCUGUGUUCAUGGUCUGGAUGGUAACAGGGCUGAUCUUAGACUUCUUAGGACCUACCUUGAGCUAGGACUUCCUGGAGAGAAACUAGACUUCCUCAUGUCAGAGAGCAACCAGGGUGACACGUUUGCCAACUUUGAGACAAUGACGGACAGGCUGGUCCGAGAGAUUGUUUACUAUGUAGAAGUAUUCAGGAUUAAACCAAACAGGGUCAGCUUCAUUGGUCAUUCCCUUGGUAACAUUAUAAUUCGGUCAGCAUUGACCAGGCCAGAGUUAGAACCAUUCCUUGGAAAGCUUCAUACUUUCCUCUCAUUAUCUGGACCUCAUCUAGGUCAGCUAUACAACAGUAGUACCAUCGUCAAUACAGGUAUGUGGUUGAUGCAGAAAUGGAAGAAGUCAAACUCCUUGUUACAGCUAGCAUUGAGAGACCAUACAGACCUGAGACAAACCUUCUUAUACAAACUCAGUCAAGAUUCUGGUUUGUCCAACUUCAAGCAUGUAGUAUUGGUAGGUUCUCUUCAAGAUCGCUAUGUACCUAUCCAUUCAGCUAGGAUAGAACUGUGCAGAGGAGCUCUCAAAGAUAGAUCUUUAUAUGGUUCAGUCUACAAUGAGAUGUUACAUAACUUAUUGAAGCCUCUAGUAACCAAUCCCAACGUGUCCAUUGUCCGAUAUGAUGUCCACCACACCCUUCAGACCUCAGCUAAUUCUCUGAUUGGUCGAGCAGCUCACAUAGCUGUCCUGGACUCAGAGCUCUUUAUUGAGAAGUUCAUGAUGGUUGCAGGUCUCAACUUCUUCAAAUGAGCUUUGUCAAGCAGAAAAUCACUGGCUGCUUGUUAUAAGCUAUAGAAAUCCUUGCGUCUGAUUGGUCAAGACCAAAUUAUUCAUUGAAAAAUCACGGACAAGCCUCUUCAUGAAAUGCCCCCGUGAAUUAAUUUUCUAAUCCCACAGUCAUGUGAGGGAUGUCAAGUAUGAUGGUUUGGGUGUUGAGAACUUAAAUCUAGCUGGUGAACCUAGUUUCCAACAUCAAGCUAAAAUACAGCAGGGGGCAGUUUCAUAAAGCUGCUCUUAAGUCAAGAAUGACUUUAAGAAUGACUGGUGAACCUUUCUUGUGGUAAAUGAUAUUCACCAUUAAAUAUUCAUUGGUGACUAUUUAGUGCGUAAGACAGGUUCACCAGUCAUUCUUAAAGUCACUCUUGCACGACUGGUGAACCUUUCUUGCGGUAAAUGAUAUUCACCAAUGAAUGUUCAUUGGUGAAUAUUUAGAGUGUAAGAAAGGUUCGCCAGUUGUUCUUAAAGUCACUCUUACACGACUGGCAAACCUUUCUUGUGGUAAAUGAUAUUCACCAUUAAAUGUUAAUUAUUUAGAGUGUAAGAAAGGUUCAUCAGUCGUUCUUAACUUACAAACAGCUUUAUGAAAAUCACACCAGGUUCAGCAAGUCCUGGUGUAAGGUCUUCCUGAUUGUUGGGGAUACUCCAUGGAAAUUUCAAAUGAAAAACUGCAGAUUCUUCAACAUCUCCUUGAUCCAUGCAUUGAUUUCUUUCAUUGGAUUGUUUGUUAUUGAGAAGAUCUCCCUCUUUCCUCAGUAAAUUCUCUGUGGAAGGUGAAUAUUAAAGUAAGCAGCUCUGCAAGUUCGACUCGACCCAAGACGGGACGACAAAAUCCCUGACUGCUUGUUAUAAGCUAUUGAAAUCCUUGCAUCUUAUUGGCUGAAAGCAAACUGGUUAGAGAAAAUCUUUGACAAGCCUCUUCUCGAUUGAAUAAUAAUGAAUAAUAAUAUGCACAUUUAUAUAGCACUUAAUACAAAUGUUUCUAAGCACUGCAUACUAUUAUCCCAGUUUAAGCAUGGCUAUCCCGAUUGGACAAUCAAGCAUUCAAGGAAUUCCUGCCUACUGGGUACCCAUUUACUACACCUGGGUGAAGAGUGGCAAAUGUAGAUAAACGCCUUGCUAAAGGAUGCAAGUGCUGAGGUGUGAUUUGAACCCCAGACCUUGUGGUUUAUAAGUCUGGAGACUUAUCCACUGAGCCACAACACUCUUGCUCUAGAUUUGUUCCCUAGGAAUCUAUUUGCUGACCCUACGGUCUUGUGAACAAUGUCAAUUAUGGUGUUAGUUUAGUAUUGAUGUUGAUAAAUUAAUAACCUUGUGAAUUUAGUUUCAACACCUUCUGUUGGGUUUACUGAAUAACACCAAUUGAGAUAUUGAUAGCUUAACACUGAAUGUUAGUCAUAGCACCUGUCUCAUUUUGAGUAGUAUCAGUGUUUGUGUUCAGAGCUGAAUUGAGCUGUUUAUCCUACAUUUACCCUCAAGUUAAAACGGUCCUAGCUCUAGUCUAAGUAUGGUGUUAGUCGUUGGUGUUAUUGUUGCUCUGAUACGAUUUUCAACACUAACCUUGUCAGUGGACUCGCAAAAGUUUAGUUAAUUUUUUUAAUUACGUAUUCCUAUUGUGGGUAGAACAUUGUUCUUGGACUAGGAAAUGUACAAUAAAGUAGGUUAUAUUAUGGAAUUGCUCGAAAGUCAAUAAUCAGGAUUUUUAUGAUUUCCAUGAACAUACCUCUAUUGUACAUGUGUAACCUAUGCAUUCAGACCCUGUUAUUGCAAUACAUUCAAGCCUGUGUGAUAGGCUUUGUACACCUUAUUUUUAGUCACGUACAAAGCUUUAAUAGCCCAGACUAAACUGCUUAGUACAUACUAAGUCUUAACACUAGAUUCUCUGUUAUUGUCUUUCAGACCUCUAAUAUUAGCCUCAUUAGCCAUUGUUUUCACACCUCAAAUUUGAACCCAGGCCUAAUGUUACUGUAUGAACAGUAGGGGCUAAGAUCAUGUGCUUUGUUUACAUCAGGAAAAUUAAUAUUAUAAUAUAGUUGUAAUACUGUGGUAAUUUGAUACGUCACACAGUGUAUGGUGUAUUUGUUUUAAGUCUUGUUUCCAUGGGGGCUGUCAUUAUAAGGUGGACACCAUGCUUGCAUGUGGUCUCUUAUAAUGGAUCUUAAAAAUAAUGUUUUCAUAUUUUUUCAACCCUAAGUAGUGCCUGAAAUAUUUCAAAUUUCUUGAUAGUGUGAAAUAUACACAUUAGAUAGAUUUGGCAACUUUUGAGACCCUUUUCACUGACCAUCAUCAUGCCGUGAAAAACACCCCUUUUUAUUUGCUUUUGUGUACAAGCAUGGCAUCCACCUUGCAAUGGCUCCUGGGUUGUUUUCACUCAAACUGUGACUAGCCAAUACAAGCACUAUUAUUGUUUUACAAAGCAUGUAUUGCCAGCAGAGAAAAUGAAUUGUUACAAUUAAACAACAAGUACAGUUUGCAAAAAUAUUUGCCUGUGGCAUGCUAAGGGUUAACAUCUAUGAUCUAUAGAACAUGAACAAUACUGGUCUAUAUUCUGUAUUUGACUGUGAUCUUUGGAUUACCUAAAAGUCAAUUGCUAAUUGUUUAAUUUGAGGACUUCAAAUAUUCCAAACUGUCUUUAUUAUUUAUUAGAAUCUGUUCAAGUGACUUCUGUAUUCUGGAGACACACAUGCUCAUUAAUCUGUGAUGCAUAAUGCAUGCACCACCAUCAUUUAUUUAUCAUGAAGGCCUUGUGGGUCAACCAAUUUAUCUCAAUAUAUAAAAGUCAAGCUAGCACUGGCUGCAAAAAAGAAUUGAAGAUAAAUAAAUAUUGAUCAGAACGAAGAGCCAUGAAGAACGAGUAUGAAGCAGUUAAAGUAAGCAGUGAUAUCCAUGGAUACUGUAGUGUUAAAGGAAGGUUUGUAAUUGCUUUGAGAGAAAAACACUGUGAUUAAUGCAUAUUGUCAAUUAUAUUACACCUCGAUAGAUCCUUGUCAAUUGAUUGGUUGUUUGAUGUCGAUCAUUCAGCCCAUUUUACAAUGACGUCAUCCAUGCAAUUUUGGAUCCAUUCAUCAUGGAAUAUUGGAUCCAUAUAAUGUUGUCCAUUACACCUGCACACCGAGACCCCAAGUAAACACCCAUGUUUGCAGCGCGUCGCACGGUAGGUACGCAAUAAUCAACAGACCGAGCUGGCAUUGGAUGAUCACAUUUUGCAUCAAAUGACACGGAUGUUUUUUAAGUGUCAUAUAAACCAAAUAAUGAAUGUUUUUCAUUUGUGCAAUGGACAGAAUACUUCAUUCGGUGAAAAAUGAAAUGAAUGAUCCAUUCAACUCAGCUAAGCCUCGUUGAAUGGAUCAUUUCAUCUUUCACCUCAUGAAGUACCGGUACUCUGUCCAUUGCACUCUUAAACAUUCAUGAUUUGUAUAGUAUUGUGGUCAACUAAUUUUUUCAAACUAUCCAACUUGGUCCUCCAAGUGCAGAGUGAAAAGCAUAUAACUUCCCUUUGUGUCUACUCCUUUUCUUUCAUCCCCUUCACUAACCUGAUUGGUCUUCUCUACUCACUAAUGCCCCUUUUGUCUCCUUGUUUCUAGUGUUGCUGUAGCUUGUCUGUGGUCUAUAUUAUGGUGGUUCCACUUUAUAUGGGUGUCAUUUUGCCUCCGACGAAGAUUCUGCUAGGAUCGAAAGCUUAGGCCCCUUUUGACUUUCUAAUUAUCCUUUUUGAAUAAAAUCUCAUUUUCAAUAAAAAUCAAUGCAGGGCUCAGAAUUCCAAAUUGUAGAAAGUAUAUGUACAUAAUGUAUAAGUAUAUUAAUAACAUAUAUGAUAUUCAGGUACUUGCAUUAGGAAAAUAGGUAUUAUAUUGUGUGUAUAUACAGUUGUAUUACAAUUGGUCAUGACUAGGUUUGUUUUAUAUAUAUGAUUGUAUGAAAAUAAUGUAUUACAUGAAAAAAAGUUAUAAUUAUUAUUAUAUGGAAGUGAAUAAAUACAAUUUUGACCCAA